AUGGCAAUGUGCACUGCGUGGAGAAACAGUACUGUUCAUGCGACGAGAAGUUCAACAAUCACUGCCAGAGACCAGUGUGGAGCAUGCCCCUACGAUUUCGCUUGCAGUUGUUCUAUGGAUGAGAAAAGUGGGGUUAGCUGUGUGCAUGUCCAUGCAGCUCUGUUGUACGCAGCAGCAGGAUAUCGCUCGCGGCAAUAUGCAUUACCCUCAGUAGUAAGUAGAAAGGCUGAAGAUGGACCGUAUAGCAGCGAUGGAGAUGAAGAGGUUAUAGAGGUAGUAGUGGAAGACCAUGUGGAGAACGAGAAGGAGUGCACGCAAAUGGGUUUGGAGGAGGCGAAAAGCAGGUUGGAGGAGUUCCGUAAAAUGAUAGAUGAUUUGGCAAGAAAUGUUGAAGAGAGCGAGAAUAAUGUUCGCCUUGCUCGCCAUCCAGAGCACGCCCACUUACGCAAAGCAGAGCAGGCUAAGCGAAAGCCAGUCCUGGACAUUCCGGAUUGCGCGCAAGACGAGAGGAACGCUUGUGCUUGUCCAACAUGCGAAGAUGGAAUGCAUCAGCAACCUUCGCCCUCGAGAUGGUACCGACCUGGAAAGGAAUGA